CCCCGCAGAAGUAGAGAGAGAGAGAGAGAGAGACGGAGAGAGAAAUGCUGGAGUUGUUCAACACGGGAAAAAAACUAGUCGGUGUUUGUUUCCCGAGAAAAUAAUAAUACCCCUAUUCGGAUCCACACUCUAUUGAAAAACGCUUCAUCGAUCUUGCAUGGUCUGUGGGUCCACAGCAAGAGCAAGUCUCAGUUUGGUGAUAUUCUCUCAAAACCCCCCAUUGUUGCUUCUCGUGAUCUAUCUAUCUCUCUCUCUCUCUCUCCCGCCCACCUACUCUCUCUCUUCUUCCCAACAAAAAUCCCCCAUCGAAUCCCCUCGUCAACACCACACUUUCCUUCUUUGUACCAUGGAAAGACGGGAAGUAAGUCCCUUCACAUAUUUAUGCAUCAAAGCUAUGGGAAUGAAAUAUUAGUCGGUCCACCAGUUGUAUACUUCUGCAGACAUGGUUUUUAGUAGAAUUGCUGAGGUUUUGUCUGCUGCAGCUAGUCGUUUAUCAGCCCCAAAAUCCUCAACCUUGCCAUAUGUAUCAUCUGGAUUGCUGCCUCCAUCAAAUUCUGUUUAUGGUUAUGGUUUUGCCAACUCGGGACAGAAGAAUAAUUUGAGACUUUCAUCUUCUCUCCAAGAUUUCUCCACUUAUCGUCGACUUGAUCCAGAAAGUGAUCUUAACUCGGGAAUUGAUGAGAGUUUGAUCCAUGCAAAACAGCCUAAUCUCUUACAGAGAGGAAAUGCUGGGUCAAGUUUUUCCAAGGAGAAGGCAUCACCAGGAAGUCCCCUUGCACGAAAGAAGUGGGCGCGUGUGGUCGUGGUUCUACUGUGCCUACUGUUAUUUGCUGUUCUUAUAUAUACAUUACUGUUUUUUUAUUCCAAUUGGUCUCAAGGAACAUCCAAGUUCUACGUUGUACUCGAUUGUGGUAGCACUGGUACCCGGGUUUUUGUAUAUCAGGCAUCUGUAAAUUACAAGAAGGAUGGCAGUCUCCCUAUUUUGUUGAGAUCAUUACCAGAAGAAGGUCUUCAGAGAAAACCUAGUCUACGGAGUGGGCGUGCUUAUAACCGAAUGGAGACUGAACCUGGCUUUGACAAGUUGGUGCACAACAUAUCUGGCUUGAGGAAAGCAAUAAAACCACUUAUUCAGUGGGCCAAGAAACAAAUUCCCGAGCAUGCACACAAGACCACUUCUCUGUUCCUUUAUGCUACAGCAGGGGUUCGCAGGCUGCCAAGUUCAGACUCACAAUGGCUUCUUAACAAUGCGUGGUCCAUUUUGAAGAGUUCACCCUUCUGGUGUGAGAGAGGGUGGGUUAAGAUUAUCAGUGGCAUGGAGGAAGCCUAUUAUGGAUGGAUAGCUUUGAACUACCACACUGAAGUCUUGGGGGCCAUCCCCAAAAAAGCUACGUAUGGUGCACUUGACUUGGGAGGCUCGUCCUUGCAAGUUACUUUUGAGAGUAAGGAACAUGUGCGUGACGAAACUAGUUUACAGCUGAGCAUUGGUCCUGUUAAACAUCAUCUCAGUGCCUAUUCGCUCUCAGGCUACGGUUUGAAUGAUGCUUUUGACAAGUCCGUUGUUUAUCUUGUCAAGAAGCUUCCUGAAAUUACUAAUGCUGAUCUAGCUGGUGGACACAUUGAAAUCAAACAUCCUUGCCUGCAAACUGGUUACAAAGAGCAAUACUUCUGUUCUCAGUGUGCUUCUAUUUUCGAUUCAAGUGGGAGUCCUGUGAGUGGUGGAAAAGUUUUGGGUAAAGGGGGAAAGCAAGGAAUUCCCAUCCAACUUAUUGGUGCACCAAAAUGGGAAGAAUGCAGGGAACUUGCAAAAGUUGCUGUGAAUUUGUCUGAAUGGUCAGAUCUAAGUCCAGGAAUGGAUUGUGAGUUGCAGCCUUGUGCUCUUGCCGAUAAUCUGCCUCGUCCUUAUGGCCAAUUUUAUGCAAUGUCUGGCUUUUUUGUGGUGUACCGUUUUUUUAACUUGAGUUCCGAUGCUACACUUGAUGAUGUGUUAGAGAAGGGUAGGGAGUUUUGCGAAAGAACUUGGGACAUUGCAAAGAACAGCGUUCCUCCUCAGCCCUUUAUAGAACAAUAUUGUUUUAGGGCACCAUACACUGUGUUGCUGUUAAGAGAGGGCUUACACAUUACAGAUAACCAAGUCAUUAUUGGUUCUGGAAGUAUUACUUGGACCCUUGGGGUUGCCCUAUUGGAAGCUGGGAAGGCAAUUUUAACCAGAUCAGAGCUUCACAGUUAUGAAAUACUUGAGAUGAAGAUAAACCCAGUCAUUCUUUUAGCCAUUUUAUUUGUUUCACUGUUUUUCCUAGUUUGUGCAUUGUCAUGUGUUGCCAAUUGGGUGCCAAGAUUUUUCCGUAGACCAUUUCUUCCCCUCUUUGGGCAUAACAGUGCAUCAUCUACUUCUGUUCUCAAUAUUUCAAGUCCUUUCCGGUUUCAACGUUGGAGUCCCGUAAGUUCAGGGGAUGGAAGAGUAAAGAUGCCACUAAGCCCAACAGUUGCAGACGCCCAACAGAGACCGUUCGGAACGAGUCAUGGCUUCAGCGGAAGCAGCAUUCAGCUCACAGAAUCUUCCUUGUACCCAUCUACUAGCAGUUUCGUGCAUAGUUAUUCGUCAGGUAGCUUGGGGCAGAUGCAAUUUGAAAAUAGUAGCAUGGCUUCUUUCUGGCCCCCUCACAGAAGUCAGAUGCACCUUCAGAGCAGGAGAUCACAGUCUCGAGAAGAUCUCAAUUCUUCUCUGGCAGAAGCACACUUGGUGAAAGUUUAAAGCAAACUCCCGAAGAAAUUUUGGUACACUCACCUAAUUCAUCUUCAAAUUAUAUCUUACAUAGAAGAAAAGUGACGGCACAUUCUUUUUUGUACCAUAUAGAACUCUUUUAAGCUAUAUUAACUUUACAUUUCAGAGUUGGAUCUUUGACUUGUUCGUCUAAGUUUUCUAACGAUCUCCAAAUAUAUCACUGACUGCUUGGUUUAUGUAAGAAAUGGUUUCACAAAUUAAGCUCCUUUCUUUUGGUGGGUAUAGUGAAAGAAUUAUGAAGAACCUGUCUUGGGUUUUGAAUUCAAGGAUUAUGAGUUCCACAUACAUUACAUCAAAUGAAAUUUCGUUUGUUUCUUUA